GACCUAACGAAAUCGCGAAUCUCUUCUGCCUGUUUGGUAUAUCCUUCAGCCCAAGACCGAGCUUGGCUCAACAAUCCCCCAAACCAGAUGUUGGACGAUACGAAGCUGCCUCCUCCGCCCUCACUCUGAGGCAACGUGAGCCAGGUAUAGACAGUAUUUGUAUCGUUUGUAUUCUACGACAUUCUCUAAACAACGACCCAACGACCGAACGACCGACCGCUUUACCUACCAUGUCUGAAGACAAGCUGAACUCACUGCAGAGCCCCGCGAGUAACGUUUCGCCGAGGUCGCAGCCCAUGCCCAAGCAGAAGAAUUACUUCGAGAGCAAGAAGGACGGUGGCUCCAAUAACGCCGUUGCCGGGGCACCUUUGGAGCGAACUGCAGGUGGAGGGGUGAUAUACGAAGUUGGCCAUGUCGAUUUGAAGGGCAAAGGGAAAGAUAUUGACAACACAAGCGAUGCGAGUGCUACGGACCCGGGCGACGCGGCCAUGAGCCCCGGUAGCAGGGUGCCGCUGUCUAGGAAGGCAUCCGUCUCAUCAGUUACAUUUCGUAAGCCGCAGGACCCGGCACUACCCCAAGGGGCAAAGAAGCCGCACGGCGGAAGAAGGAUCAGAGAUGCCUCACCCCCUCAUCGCAGUUUCUCCACCAUUUUUCGCUGCAAGUCAUUACCCUAUAUACCCCCAGUUGGGCCCCGCUGCCAAAGCCAUUUCACCCCGCGCCCCUCCCUUGAGUCAGCCCCGGACAUAACCAGGCAGUCCCUUCCAAACCAAUGCAGCAGUAGCAGCAGCCUGUGAGUGGGCGAGGCCGGCGCGGAGGGCUAGGCGAACCAACGGUCAGAGAUCAUCGUCAUGGGUCACGGGGCCUUGAUCUCAUUCGCUCGGCACUCAGACCCCCAAUUUCGCGCAUCGGUUUACUGCCCGCUAUCUUUACGAACC